AUGGACCAGCUGGACUUGGAUGGAUCUACUCCAACCAUGUUAGCAGCAAUGAGUGGACACAAAGAUGUUGUUUUAAUUUUAACCCAUGAAGGAGCCAAUCUAGACAUUGUCAACAAAAGAGGAUGGUCAGCCCUUCAUUAUGCAAGUGACAAAGGAUAUGCAGAUAUUGUCGAUGUAUUAGUCAACCAAAAUGCUAAUAUCAAUAUUGUUAUUAAGGAUGGAUCUACUCCAACCAUGUUAGCAGCAAUGAGUGGACACAAAGAUGUUGUUUUAAUUUUAACCCAUAAAGGAGCCAAUCUAGACAUUGUCAACAAAAGAGGAUGGUCAGCCCUUCAUUAUGCAAGUGACAAAGGAUAUGCAGAUAUUGUCGAUGUAUUAGUCAACCAAAAUGCUGAUAUCAAUAUUGUUAUUAAG